AUGGAUGGAGUAAAUCUUGGAAAAGGAAACUUCGCCCAUGUUGAACUGGCAACCCACAGUGUCACAGAAGUUAAGGUGGCCAUCAAAAUAAUAGACACAAGAAAGAUAAAGGAUGAGUAUGUGAGGACACACCUACACAGAGAGGCCAGACUGAUGACCGCUCUCAGACACCCCAACAUUAUCAGACUAUACGAAACCUUAAAAGCUCAAACACUCUAUUGCCUUGUAACUGAGUAUGCCCCUGGCGGCGAGCUGCUGGAAUACAUUAAAUGCCACCCGGAUAAGAGAUUAGGGGAGAGUUCUUCGAGACCAUUCGUCCGUCAGCUGGUUUCUGCUUUGGAUUAUCUGCAUGGCAGGAACAUUGUACAUAGAGAUCUGAAAAUGGAGAACAUCAUGCUUGACGAAAAGAAGAAGAACAUAAAGUUGAUAGAUUUCGGGUUGAGCAACACUUACAAAUCAGAUGACCCAUUAAAAACUCAUUGUGGAUCACCUGAAUAUGCCGCACCUGAACUCUUCCUCCCAAACAAAACGUACGGACCAGAAAUAGAUCUCUGGAGUCUAGGUAUCAUCAUGUACGCCAUGAUCCUCGGCCGACUUCCAUUCUCAACGCAAUUUCGAGAUGAGUACCAUCGCCAGCGAAUGCUUCAACAAAUUCAAAAAGGUCGCAAAUAUUUUUGUGUGGUUUUUUUAAACACCGUUAUCAUUUGUUAUAUUUAA